CUCCUGCAAAAAUUAGGGUUAGGGUUAUUAUUACUGCUAUUAUCAUUAUUUUUCGAUUCGGUAAAAUUCCCAGAUUAGGAAUUGGUGGCUUUUUAUGCUGGAAAAUCCCCCAUAAUUCCGUAUUUGAGUGGGAUUUAUUCUCUUGCAAUCGUUAUAUCAGUCGUCUAUGAUCCAAGGCGGCGUCUUUAGUACCCAAGGUUAGUGGGUGAGGUGCAGAGUUCUGACCCAUAGAUCUGAGUGAAUAUAGAUGGAGGUUGGGAGAAGAAAUGGGGGCAGAGAAAGAAGGAGCAGAUCAGAGAUUGGGGGAGAUGGAUGAACACCGGAGUAUGGAGAGAAAGGAGGAGGAGGUGAAAAUAUCAGUUCAUUGCGGUGGUAAAAAUGAGAAGACCUGGUCAGUAUGGUGAUUCUGCUAUAAAUCAGAUGGUCGCUGCUCAAAUGCAGCAUGCACAAGCACAGAGAAAUUCAGGAAUGGGCCAUUAUCCAGGAAGGGCAGAUUCUGUGCAGGCUGAUGAAGGACAUCAGUAUAUGUCUUCAAAAGCGGAGGGACAGUGGCAGUGGGAUAGGGAUGGGGUGAAGGGAUCAAAUGUUCCAUCAUCUCAUAUGUACAAAGAAGGUCAAGGAAGAGAAGUGCCAAGAUCUUCAUAUCAGGGUCAAAGGCCAGAUCCGGAAUUAGGUUUGGAGAAACAAGGGAACAAAGACCCAAGAACUCAAGCACGUCAGGAUGAUAUGGAAGUGGGAUACGAGGAUAAUAUUCUUCCACAAACUUUUGAAGGUCUUGAACAGAAAUUCAUUCAGGACAUUAUGAAACUAACCAAGGAACAUCAAGAUGCAGAGGACAUAGAAAAUGCUAGACAUAGGGAGAGAUUAAGUGAGAUCAACAUUCAGUAUCAGGAGAAGCUACUAGCUGUCAGAGCUCGUCAAGCUACACGAAGAGAGGAGCUCCUCCGAAAGGAAUCAGAAUCCCGCCAUCAACAAUACCAGUCACAUGUAAACAGUUAUCAGAACCUUGCUGGGCCCAGUGAUGCUCAUGGCUUUGGCUCCAGCGCCAAUCAUGCUGCUGCACUAAGCGACGCUCAUCGGGCCUAUGCUGCUGCAGGUAACUUUGAACCCUACGGAGAACGAGCUGAAUUUGGCGGGGGCCUCAGGGGUCGGGGGUAUGAGCCUCGAGGUCGAUACCCUGGUGGUCGAGCUUACAACUCUGGUGGUCGCAAUUUCUGAAGCUUAGAUUCAAAGUCUAGAAGUCACUUUGUUUUUCUUUUAGAUCUCUUUAAUUCUGAGCUAGAACUGUAUUUACUACAAAUUAUGCUACGGGUGAUGUAAGUUGUUUCUCCAAGUUGAAUAUGUCAAGAGUUCCCACCGUUGGAACCUCAUUGUAUUUUUCUUCCCCUGACGUUUUCUGUCGCUAAUGAUAGAACUUACAUAGUUUGUGCUUCUUUGCCAGGUUCUUGCGAGCUUGGUAACA